AUGGCUCCGCUCGUGCGCAACCCGAAGGAUUCGAUGAAGUCCACCUGGCGUUUGUGGGAUCGCACGCAAUGGAAUGCAGGCCACUGGCUUCUGGAGAUCCUGAACGUACACCAUUGGGAUCUUGAUAAAGAGAUCCCCGUGCACCAGAAGACGGACAAGGUCCCCUAUGCACCAGAGCUUCAGUUCCAUGUGUGGGUGCUCUUCUACGCUAGCAUCCCUCUGGCUCUUCACCAGCUCUAUAUCAAUUACUUCGGGCACGGCCCAUCGCGGCUGCUUACCUUCUUUUUCUACAUGCUGGCGCUGGAAUUUAUCGCCGUCCAUCAAACACAUAUACUCCGCCGCGUGGGCCACCGAAUCGGGUUUUUCGAUGGCGAUAAGCAUGCUCGGGACGGUGUGCCUGAUGUGGGUGUGGGCAAGACUGCCCAGACGCUCAUCUCUGUGAUUACGUUUCGGCCGAUGAUGCUUGCGUUCCUUAGCUAUAGCCCCAAAGGCCCACCAUCGUCGAUCCCCUGGGUGUGGCUUUUUUUCGAAACCGGGGUUUAUGCAGUCGUGCUUGAUUUCUGGUACUACUUGUUCCACCGGUCGAUGCACGAGACGGAUUCGCUAUGGCGAUUCCAUCGCACCCACCAUCUCACAAAGCACCCUAAUCCCCUCCUCACCGCAUACGCAGACACAGUGCAGGAGUUCUUCGACCUUGUCGGUGUCCCGCUGAUGACAUACGGCUCUAUGAAAGCGAUGGGGUUCCCCAUGGGCUUUUACGAGUGGUGGAUUUGCCAGCAGUAUAUUGUAUUCACGGAGAUUCUGGGCCACAGUGGUCUUCGCAUGGAAGCGACUGCGGUGAAUCCUUGGACCUGGCUGUUGAGACUGUGUGAUAUGGAAUUGGUGAUUGAGGACCAUGAUCUUCACCAUCGCAAGGGCUGGAAGUCGAGUCAUAACUAUGGUAAACAGACUCGCGUUUGGGAUCGCCUCUUCAAGACGUGUGUUCCUCGUGUGGAGGGACACCGGGAUAAUAUCGACUACGUCAACACGGCAGAGAUCCCGUUGUUCUAA